ACGGCACAUUCUUUCAGAGUCUCUCAUCCAAUCUAGCUCUUCACUACCCCCUUCCAAGCACUCUAGCUCUUCACCACGCCAUCCAAGCAUCCAAGCUUCAAAUCUGCAACAAUGUCUAACCAACUGGUCCUGUUGGAUUUCUGGCCGAGUAUGUUCGGCAUGAGGCUCCGAAUCGCUCUAGCCGAAAAGGGUAUCGACUACGAGUACAGAGAAGAAGAUUUAAGGAACAAGAGCCCUCUGCUCCUGAAGAUGAACCCGGUUCACAAGAAGAUCCCGGUUCUUAUCCACAACGAUAAACCGGUCUGCGAGUCCCUCAUCGCUCUCCAGUACAUUGAUGAGGUCUGGAAGGACAAGUCCCCUCCAUUGUUGCCCUCUGAUCCUUACAAGAGAGCUCAUGCUAGGUUCUGGGCUGACUAUGUCGACAAGAAGGUAUAUGAUGGUGGAAGGAAAGUAUGGACAUCGAAGAAAGAGGAGCAGGAAGCAGCCAAGAAGGAAUUCAUAGAAUGCCUCAAGGUGCUAGAAGGAGAGCUUGGAGACAAGCCGUACUUUGCAGGCGAAACUUUCGGAUACAUUGACAUUGCGCUUGUUCCAUUUUAUAGCUGGUUUUAUGCCUACGAGACCUUUGGAAACUUCAGCGUCGAGGCAGAGUGCCCCAAGCUGAUCGCGUGGGUCAAAAGGUGCAUGAACAAGGAGAGCGUGGCCAAGACUCUUCCAGACCAGCACAAGGUCUAUGAGUUUGUUAAGAUCUUGAGGGAGAAGUAUGGGCUUGAGUAGAUGGUGGUGAAGUGUUUAGUUAAAAUCAUCUUUCACUUCCAUCUUUUGAAGGGUUGUUUUGUGGGGUUCCCAUGUAGUUUGUCUUUGCUUUCACAAGUUAAAUAGUAUGAAGACACUUCGUUGUGUCUUUUGACCUAUCAACUACCUAGUUGAUGUUAUCAAGUUGUGUUUUUUUGUUUCAAUGGCACCUUUUGUUUGUGGACAUGGUUGAGAGUGGAAAUAUAAGUAAAAGUCUAUUAAUUUGGGAAA